UGGACAGCUGUCCAAUAACUAAAUUUGACCGUCCAAUCACUAAAUUGAUUUUUUAGGAUUGUAGUAAAAUGCCUAAACUUAGAAAAUACGAUAAGAAUAAACUUAUAGAAGCUGUUAAGGAUGUCCAAAAUGGCACUGAAUCGUAUAGAACAGCUGAAAAAAAAUAUGGAAUUCCGAAGUCCACUAUAUAAUUUAAAUUAAAACAUCCGGAACAUAAAGAUACACUUGGACCGUCUCCUAUUUUAACUUGCGAGGAGGAGAAUACUCUGGUUAGAUGGAUACAAGAAACCGCUUCAAAAGGUUUCCCCAAAAAGGCUAACGAUUUAAAAAGCAGCGUGCAAAAAUUUUUAACCGAAAAUCCUCGCCCCAAUAACUUUAAAGAUAAUCGACCUGGAGAUGGAUGGUUAAAAGGAUUUUUGAAGCGACAUCCAGAGGUUUCUAAAAGGACAAGUGAAGGUGUAACGGCAGCUAGCGCUUGUGUAUCUGAACGAGACAUCAAAAACUGGUUUAAAAAUAUUGAAACCUAUGUCAAAGAAAAACAUCUAGAAGAAGUUCUAACUGAUCCAUCAAGAAUUUUUAAUGGAGAUGAGUCAGGAUUUCAAAUAUGUCCAUCUACUGGAAAAGUAUUUGCUAUGAAAGGUUCAAAAAAUGUUUAUAAUGUUGAAAAAAGCUGUUCAAAAGAAAACGUCACUGUGAUGUUUACGUUUUCAGCAGACGGUAAAAUUUGCGUGCCUAUGGUUAUUUAUCCUUAUCAACGUAUUCCAGAAAAAGUUGCUAAAGGCAUUAAUCCUAAAUGGGGUGUGGGCAGAAGCGAUAAUGGUUGGAUGACGGCAGAGACAUUCUAUCAGUAUAUUGCGAAUGUUUUUUACCCCCACCUAAUUGAAAAUAAUAUUAAGCUUCCAGUUAUUCUUUUUGUAGAUGGGCACAAGAGUCACUUAAGUUACCAAUUAAGUCUAUUGUGUAAUGAACUGCAAAUUGAAGUAAUUGCACUUUAUCCUAACGCCACAAGGAUUUUACAACCAUGUGACGUCUCUAUUUUCCGUCCACUAAAAGAAGCUUGGCGGCAGUCAGUAAGAGAAUGGGAAGAACAGCAUCCAGGAGGGGUAGUCAAUAAGGUUGUAUUUGCUUCUAUAUUGGAGCAAGCUACAAAAAAAAGUUGUAAAACUGAAACAGUAGUAAAUGGUUUCAAGGUUUGCGGAUUGUUUCCAUUUAAAGCAGAUGCUAUUGACUACACAAAAUGUUUAGGUAAAGAAGUAGUAAAAAAUUUAAUCAUUUCGGAUCAUCAAAGGAAACCCAAGAUGGACUAUAAUACUUUCGUAAAUAUCUUAGGUCCUGAAAAAGUUCAUAGCUUAGAGAAUUUAAAAGAAAAUCAAAAGAAUAAUCUACCUAGCGACGAUAAUCUGAAUUUGUUGUUCAAAAUCUGGAAUUUUUUUGAACAUGAUCCAAAACAUUCUGAUAACCAAAUGGUUCUAAAAAAUAGAGACACAAACAUUAAUAUUAUUCAAAAUAUAGCUAUCACAUCUCCGGUUAAAAAUACUGAAAUAAAAACAUCAGAAAAAAGUGGUAUUGAAAAUGUAAAUAUUUCUGAGAGUAAUAGUACCAAUGAUAUCCAUAUUCAACAAUAUAAAACUAAUGUUUAUGACUUACCCUCUACAAGUAAAAUUAUUGUUAAACACGAAUUGUUGGGCAAUUUUUUAACUUCUCCUACUGUACCGGAAAGAAAAAAUAAACGUAACACGGAAAGACUUCCUUUUGCUAUUACAUCUGCACGAUAUCAAGAAAUGUUACGAAAAAAGGAGGAGUUAAAAGAAGAGCAGGAAAAACAAAAACAAGAAAGGAAACGGAAAAGAGAAGAAAAAUUAACCAAAAACCAGUGUAGCAACAAAAAGAAUUCAAAAAAAGUCAAAUGUUCUAUUUGUUCAAAUGAUAUUCAAUCGAAUAAAUUAAAAUGCGAUGACUGUAGUCUUUAUUAUCACGAAUGUUGUAUUCCUGUUAAGCAUAGACAGCAUAUACCUAACGAUGGUGAUCUAUUUAUAUGUCACAACUGCUUCAAUCUGCAGGAUAGUGAUUCCGAUGCUAAUAACAGUAACCAAGACAGUGAGGAUGAAGAUAUUGACGAACUUUUCACUCAAUACAAAGAAUCACAGAAGCAAUUAUAAAAUUUAAUUGUGUCAACAACUGUACAUAAUAGGUACCCCAUACCGCACAGAAAUUUUGGUUUUUCUUGUAAUUUGCAUUUAUUUUUAGGUUUGUAUUGUGUUAAAGCAGUUGUCCAAUAACUAAUUUUGAGUGUCCUGUAACUAAAUAAACUGUCCAAUAACUAUAAUUUUUGUAACUAUUUUUAAUAAAUAUAUAUUGACAGAAAAGAUUUAACCCUUUCUUUAAAUCCUUUUAGCCAUAUUGUAAUAAACUGUUUAGACUACGUUUUGUAUAAAUUUCAAUUCAAUCUGCAGAGAACAAUGUGAAUUACGAAUUUUUAAAGUUGAAAUUUUCUUAAGUGUCCAAUAACUGUAUGGUUUACCCUAUUCUUAUUU